AUCGGAUCCGGAAGCGGUGGUGCGAUGGCGGAGCUGGUGCAGCGCGGGCUGGAGCGGCGGUUGCCGGAGUUGGAGCGGCUCGAGCGGGCGGGGCUGCUGGAGGCGGCGGAGCGGCGAGCUGUUAUACGGAAGGUGACGGCGCUGGAGCACCGGGUGCAUAGGAGGGUGCUGAGCAAGGACAACUUCAUCAGCUACAUCCAGUAUGAAAUCAACUUUCUGCAGUUGGUGAAGAAGCGUCGAGCGAAAACCGGCUACCACUUUCAGAAAGAGGAGAUUGAAUAUGCCAUCGUUAACCGUGUCCAUGGCCUGUUCCAGCGAGCCCUGGCCAAGUGGAAGGGCGAUGUCCAGUUGUGGCUUUCCCACGUGGCUUUCUGCAAGAAAUGGAAUGCCAAGGUGAGGUUGAGCAAGGUGUUCACUGCCAUGUUGUCGAUACAUCCUGACAAACCAGAACUGUGGAUCAUGGCGGCAAAGUGGGAGAUGGAGGAGCGACUGUCGUCACACAACGCUAGGAACCUGUUCCUGCGAGCUCUACGCUACCACCCCCACACACACAAGCUGCACCACGAGUAUUUCCGCAUGGAGCUGAUGCACGCGGAGAAAGUCCGGAACGAAGAGGAGUGUCUGGAGACGGCAACGGUGGAGCCGGGCGACUCUGUGUCCCGGGGGGACAUCGGCAGCGGGGAGCUGGCACGUCUGGUGUACAAGAACGCUGUGCAGACGGUCACCGGAGACGCCGACUUCCACGUGUCAUUCUGGAACAUCGCCGCGCUCUUCACCUUCACCAGCCGCCUACAGGACGACAUCCUGGCAGACCUGCGGGAGCAGCACCCCCACCGGACACAGACGUGGGACUUCCUGGCGCGGCGAGAGCUGGUGCAGGGGUCAGCGGCCGGAGAGGGAGGGGCCGGCACCCCCGCAGAGCAGCCACGCAGGAGCAGCAAUGCAGCCGAGGUGGCGCGCAAGGAGCAGCGUUGCUGGGACAUGUACGAGCAGGCAGUGGGUGCCGUGCCCACAGCGCACAUGUGGAAAUGUUACGUCACUUUCUGCCACGAGCGCUUCCGCCGAAAGACCAACAACAGUGAACUACGGCGACAGAGACUGGAGCAGUUGCUGUCUGUGCUGGGACGGGCACAGGACACCGCCAUGUUGCCCCCGGACCUGCACCGGACCUGGCUGGCGUUGCUGGUGGGCAGCGGGCAGUGUGAGCGGGCGCUGGUCGAGGCUGAGCGGAUGUGUACCGGUGCCGGCCGCUGUCUGCAGACCUGGCAGAGCGGGCUGGAGGUGUUGGUGGAGCAAGGCUGCCCCCGUGUGGCUGCACUGGUACAGCAGGCAUUGCGUGAGGUCCCCCCCGCGGAGUGUUUGCCCCUGUGGCUCCUGUACCUGGAGUGGAGCGAGACCAACGACUGCCCUGACCACACCGAGACCCUCUACCAGAUGGCCGUGCGGUCGGUGGUUCCGGCCGUGUCGGUGCCGGUGAAGGAGCAAUACCUGGACUGGGGGCUGCGGACCGGCGGCUACAGGAAAGCCCGGCUCGUGUUUGCCCGUCUCCGGGAGGAACGGCCGUUUUCCCUGGAGUUCUUCAGGAAAAUGAUCGCGAUCGAGAAGGACCAGGGUGGCGGGGACAUGCAUCGUCUGCGGGAGUAUUACGAGCGAGCUGUGCGGGAGUUUGGAUCCACUACUGCAGGGCUGUGGCUGGACUACAUUGGCGAGGAGCGUCGGCACGAGCAGGGCAAGGCCGAGCACUCGGGCCCCCUCCACUGGAGGGCCAUGAAGGCGCUGAAGGGGCCUGAGGUGGAGAGCUUCGUGUCUCAGUACACCCUGCUUCAGACCGGGCACCUGGAGCCCACUGACCCACACUGCCCCGGCCCCUCCCUUGAUUCCUGGUGUGCACUCAGGCAGGGGGUGUCGGGGGAGAGGGGGUGGGGGGGGAGGGGUUGUCGGGGGGGAUGGGGUGGGGGGGGAGGGGUUGUCGGGGGGAGGGGUGUCGGGGAACUGCAGCAUCAUCUCUGUAAUUGACAAAUAAAACUCUAGACCCAAUAUGA